AUGAACAUCCCAGGCCUAAGCAGCGGCAAGCAGCUCGAGACCGGGGUCGCCCCCUCCAUCGGUAAUAGACGAUUUGUCUACCUCUGGCUUCUCGACUCCUCUCGUGGCCCUGCCGGUUCUCGCAACAACCAGCCCGUCCUCUACCGCAACAACAAGCCCAUAAAACAGUUCAACUAUGCCGCCAUCGCCGAGUCUCUGGUCAGCGACAUCACCAAGACCGAGUACCACGUCUUUGUGUACAACAAGGUCAAGGCCAGCGAGCCGUCCGUUCGCUCCGAGGGUCCUCCCCAGUGGACCGGCGCCGGCUCGAACCCCUUCUUCCCCAAGAACACCGAGGAGUUCAAGGAGAUGAAUCACUUCCACGCCGUCAUCGCCUAUGACCACCAGGCCAAGGGGCAGCCCAACUUGAACCUCACUGUUGGCCACGGUGGUCGUGAGUCCGACUGGGAGGAGGGCAAGCCUUUCUACGGACUGACGCCCUUUGAGGAUGUCGAAAAGGAGAUUCCCGGUCCCUCCAACAGCGCCAUUUGCAUCACCAUCAAGUUCGAGCUUGAGGACGCUUCCGCCUACGAGAUUGAUGAGACUGUCGGCAAGCCUCCCCUGACCGACUGCAUCUCGCCUGUCUACAGACCCGACACCGACAAGUGGCUCGACACCGCCCGCCUCGAGAUCGCCCAGAAGGGGUUCCCUAACUACCUCUCAUUCAACAUCCGCUUCGUCGAGUCUCAGGGAGAGCACCUUCUCGACCCUGUCCCCGUCCAGGCGCAGCUAUUCAACAUCUCCAACAUUACGCUCUCUGACGUCGCCACCAAGGAGACUCCGUUCGGAGAGUUCGACACCGUCACGUGCGUGGUCAAGCUGGCCUUCCCCCGCAAGAAGGAGAAUGUUGAAGCCGAAGGCGAUGUGAUCAUGAAGGAGUGA